AAGUCUCUUGCAUAAUCUUCUCGUUCAAGAAAUUACAGCUUUAAUAUGAAGAUGAAUUUACUUUUAAUUCCAUUUCUCCUCCUUUCCAUUUUAGCAAGUUCUCUAUUUUGCGAGGCGACAAAAACACCUGAGCCGGUCCUAGACAACUCGGGGAAACCUCUCCGGGCAGAUUCUGACUACUACAUUUUGCCAGUAAGCAGCCAGGGCAGUGGUGGACUCGACCUGGUCAACAGCGACAAGACCUGCCCACUCCAAGUUGUUCAAAGGGGUGAUGACAAAUCUGGCAUUCCUGUCCAAUUUUUUCCAGUAAAUCUCAAAAAAGGUGUCAUCCGCGUCUCUACUGAUUUGAACAUCAUGUUCAAAGACAAGUGGUCAGACAAAUACAAGAAAUGUCCCGAAUCAUCCAUUUGGAAGCUCGAUCACUACCAUCCGUAUGAUCCAUUGAAGAGAGAGUACUUCAUUAUGACUGGUGGAGUUGUAGGAAAACCUGGGCCGGAGACGCUAGGAAACUGGUUCAAGAUUCAGAAAAUUGAAAAAUCCGGAGGCUACAAGCUCGUGUAUUGUCCCAGUUUGUGCCCACAUUGUAAAGUUGUCUGUAAAGAUGUUGGAAUUUAUGUCCAGAAUGGGCACAAACGCUUGGCUCUAAGCAAUAUUCCAAUGAAGGUUACAUUUAAGAAGGCAUAAAGGAGUAUCCACUCCAGGGAGGGAGCAACUAAGUGAUGCAUGCUUUAUCUUCUUUAUGAAUAUAAAACAUGCGACAUAUGGUGGUUUAAAAGAAUAAUAUGUGUGCUACUAUGUAAUUUCAAUAACAUGUUAUAUACAUGCUUGUCUUUUUCACUAAAGUUGUAUAAAUAAGACUCGUUUUCAUAAGGCCA